AUGGCGAGCAUUGUUAGACCAAACAUGGAAGCUAACAAUUUUGAGCUUAAACCGGCACUGCUGCAACUAAUUCAAAAAGAUCAGUUCGCAGGAGGAAGCACCGAAGACCCCUACAGUCACCUAGAGAAUUUCUUGCUCUAUUGUGAUACAUUGAAGAUGAUAAGAGUCUCACGUGACGCCAUCUUGCUCAGACUCUUCUCAUGCUCAUUGAAGGAAGAAGCAAGAGGAUGGUUGCAGUCACUGCCUCAAGGAAGCAUCACCAACUGGGAUGAUUUGGCUACAAAGUUCUUGUCCAGAUUCUUCUCCGCCUCAAAGACGGCAAGGCUCAAAGCAGAAAUCACUGCUUUUGAACAAAAAGAAAGUGAAUCCUUGUACGAGGCAUGGGAAAGAUUCAAAGGAUUGCUCCGAAAGUGUCCCCAACAUGGCAUGGAAGCAUGGGAGAAGGGACCUAUCUUCUUCCAAGGAAUGACGCCGAGCACAAGAACCUUGGUGAAUGCUGCAGCAGGAGGAUCAUUGAAAACAAAAACUCCAGAGGAAGCGCUGGAAUUGCUGGAAUCUCUAGCUUCUCAGGAGUUCGAUAAUGCUCCAGUCCCAAGCAGGAGAGCAGGGAUCAUGAAGCUUGACGGCUAUGAUGCAAUAUUGGCCCAGAAUGAACAAAUAUUACAAAUAAAUAAGAAACAACAAGCACAAUUAGAUGCUCUUACAAAGAAAUUUGCUAAAUCUCAAGUUUCUUCUGUUAAUAAUUCUCGAAUUACUUAUGGUAUUUGUGCAAGUACUCAUGCUACAGAAGAAUGUGAUUUGAUGAGAGCACCUGGAACUGCUGAAGUAAACGGACUCUGGUAUGAUCAGAAGAACCAUAAUGAUCCAAGGAGGAACCAGUAUGGGAAUGACUACAAUCAAGGAGAGGACACAUCUGCUUUCAUGCAAGAGACUAGAGCAGCACACCGGAAUCAAGAAGCUUCCAUAAGAAAUCUGGAAAUUCAGAUUGGCCUGUUGUCAAAGCAAUUUUCUGAGAGAGCUCAGGGUACUUUUCCAAGCAACACAGUUGUCAAUCCAAUGGAGCAUUGCAAUGCUAUCACCACUAGGAGUGGGACAAUGAUUCAACGUAUAGAGGAGCAGAGAUUAAAGAAAGAUAUUCAGAAGCAGCCGUAUUCAAAGUUUCUAGACAUAUUCAGGAGGUUGCAGAUCAACAUUCCUUUUGCUGAAGCUUUAGAGAACAUGCCCAACUAUGCAAGUUCAAGAAGGAUCUAUUAUCAAGGAAGCAAGCUGGGGAUUACUGAAGUGAAGCCCACAAAGACGAUAAUGCAACUGGCUGACCGCUCUUCAAAGCAAGCUUAUGGCAUCAUUGAGGACAUAUUGGUAAAGGUAGACAAAUUCAUCAUUCCUGUUGAUUUUGUCAUCCUUGACAUUGAAGAAGAUGCCACAAUUCCUAUGAUUUUGUCAUCCAAGCUCAUGCUUUGA